GUGUGGUGUGUGUCAUGUGCUGUCACACUUGUCAAUGUUUAACUUGUCGAAGGUUGCAUGAAGCGCCACGCUAUGUCGAGCCCGUUUUCUGACAGAACACACUUUAUCUAGGUAAUGGCGGCCCUGCGAGCGGCGAAGCAGGCGCUGAGGAAAGCGAUCAAGACACGGGUAGCAGCGCUGAGUGACGAGGAGAAACAAAGACAGUCCCUGGUGGUUUCGCAGAAGCUUUUCCGACAUCCCAAAUAUGUGUCCUGCAAGAGGAUUGCACUGUUUCUCAGCAUGCAUGAUGAAGUGCUCACGGAGGAAAUCAUCAAAGACGCGUUCAAAUUGGGAAAGAGCUGCUUCAUCCCCAGAUAUGAGAGGAGUUGCAGCCAUAUGGACAUGUUGCAGCUCACCAGUCUGCAGGACAUGGAAACGCUGCCCCUGACCUCCUGGAACAUCAGACAGCCUGCUGAAGAUGACAACAGCAGAGAGGAAGCACUGGCUGCAGGUCUGGACCUAAUCUUGAUGCCAGGCCUGGGUUUUGACCUAAUGGGGAAGCGUCUGGGACGAGGGAAGGGCUACUACGACGCCUACUUGGAACGCUGCAUCAAAUACUCUCAAGGAAAACCGUAAACCAUUGCCUUGGCCUUCAAAGAGCAGCUGUGCCAGGAAAUCCCUGUUGAUGACAACGAUGUGCUCAUUGAUGAAGUUCUGUAUGAGGAUGAUGAGUAACUGGUCAAUCACCAGAGGUGCAUUAUCAUUACCAAUGCACACAUUUUCACUGCAGACAUUUAAUUUGAUUUAGCAGUAGAAGCUCAAAUUGCCUUCAUUAAUAUAUUGUAUUUAGCAUUAUACAAGCUAAGAUGCAAAUUCAGUGGCUGCAACUGAGAGGACGUGAGUCUGCGAGCUCCCUAGAAGUAUUUUCACGGAAAGUAUAUUGCUAUUGUAAUCAUUUAUUUGGGCCAUAGUGCUUAUUUGUUUUCUUAUUUUCAAGUGUUUGUUUUUUUUUGCUCUUUUGUUUUAUUUUAUAUUUUACUGCCUUGUAAGCAUUAUUUUGGUAAUA